AUGGCUUCCUCACAACCCUUCGGCACGCGCUCCUACGCCUCAGGAAAACUCCCCGACCGAUCCAUCAACGCCAACGCCCUCCCCUUCAGCGCCUCCUCCUUCUCGCGACACCGCAGUCUCGCCGGCGCGCCCGGCGCUCCCACGGCCGGCGACUUCGCCGACCCCAAAGCCAGCCAACAGGCACCAGGUCCAUCGCAAGCACCACCGCAACCACCCAUGCAUUCACAACCCCAACAAGACACGAACCCCUUGAACCGAUUGACAGAAGAGCAACGCGAAGAGAUCAACGAAGCUUUCACCCUCUUCGACCUCGACCGCGACCGCCACCUCGACUACCACGAACUCCGCGUCGCCUUCCGUGCCCUAGGCUUCACCCUCCCCAAACAAGAGCUCAUCUCCCUCCUAACCACCUACGGCGUCCCGCGUCCCCAAGUCCAACAACAGCAACAACAGAACGCCGGCAACCCUCCCCCACCCCAGCAACAACAGAACCGCGCGGCAGCAACUACGAACCCCCAACACCCGAGUAACUUGCUCAUGCCACUAUCGGCCUUUCAGGCCGUCACGGCGCUGAAGAUACUGGAGCGGGAUCCGCGCGACGAGAUCCUGCGCGCGUUCGAACUGUUCGAUGAAGGCGGGAAGGGUUACAUUGAUCUGGAGGAUUUGAGGCGCGUAGCCAGGGAAUUGGGUGAGACGGGCCUCGAAGAGGAGGAGUUGAGGGCUAUGAUUGAGGAGUUUGAUUUGGAGGGUGUCGGGGGUGUCACGCGCGAGGCGUUCGUCGGAAUUUGUUGGCAGUGA